GGCUAUCCUCAAAAAGCUAAAAUUCGAAUGCCGGGUAAAACAUUACACAACGAGCAAAUUACAAAGAAAAUUACGUUUUUGAUUGAACAGUUCUACCAAUACCCUAAAUAGCUGUUGAAAGCAGCUUAUAACAUGGGGGAGUCAACAGAAUUAAAAGAAAUCGGCGAAACACUUUGCGAUCAAUCAAGGUCCCUUACAAAGCGGUUCAGAGCGCUCUUUACCCUGAGAAAUCUUGGUGGAAAAGUAGCAAUCGAGCAUAUAUCAAAAUGUUUCAAUGACCCAUCUGCCUUGCUGAAGCACGAGCUUGCUUAUUGUCUUGGACAAAUGCAGGAUCCUGAUGCUCUGCCCAUCUUGAUCAGUGUACUUAAAGACACUAACCAAGAGACCAUGGUUAGACAUGAGGCAGGCGAGGCUCUGGGUGCGAUUGGUUCACAGGAUGCUUUGGAUGUGUUGAGGCAAUAUGCAAAUGACCCACUUCCAGAGAUUGCGGAAACCUGUCAGUUGGCUCUACAAAGAAUAGAAUGGCUGCAAACACAGAAAGACGACGAAAAAGAUCAUCUGAGUGAAAAUCCUUACAACUCAGUCGACCCUGCUCCCCCUUCUAUCAUCACCGACGUGAAACAGCUGAAGGAAACGCUUCUCAAUGAGAGCCUGCCUCUCUUUGACAGAUACAGGGCGAUGUUCUCGUUGAGGAACAAAGGUGGAGAAGAUGCUGUGUUGGCCUUGGCGGAGGGGCUUAAAUGCAGCAGUGCACUUUUUAGGCACGAAAUUGCAUACGUACUGGGACAGAUGCAGGAUGACGGCGCAGCUAAACAGCUCUCAGUUAAUCUUGCAGACGCGAAUGAAAACCCAAUGGUCAGACACGAAUGCGCGGAAGCGCUGGGAUCGAUCGCAAAGGAUAGCUGCCUGGACAUUUUAAAAAACUACAAAGAUGACAAAGAGCGGGUUGUCAAGGAAAGCUGUGAAGUCGCCCUUGAUAUGAGCGAGUACGAGCGAGGGCCCGAGUUCCAGUACGCAGACACUCUCGCCAAAUUGAAAAGCGCUACUGCCUAAUAACGCCAGUGGAACAGAAAUAAGACGCGAGGGAAGCUUCCCCAAGUAGUGGGAAAAUAAGAGUCAAAUUCUAGAUUUAGCAAUAAUAGUAUUUUUAGUAUUUUAAGUACUACGACCCGAGGUUAUAUGUAUACAAUGAAUAUUUGUUUGACCGAUUUCAUUCAACACUAAGUGGAAAGACUUAUGGAAUAAUUUAGUUUUGAAUAAAGUUCUUAUCAGACGUCA